CCAGGGGUGAGGGGUCGGCCCCGCCCCGCGGCAGCAGCGCCAUGGCGGCUGAGGGCAGCGGGCCCGUGCCCGGGCAUGGCAGCGGCGCGCCCGCCCCGGAGCGGGUGCUCUUCCCGCCCACCUUCAGUGUGUCCGAGAUCAAGAACAAGCAGCGGCGGCACUUUAUGUUCCUUCGCUGGAAGCAACAGCAGAGGAAGGAGAAGUUGGCCCUGAAGAAGAAGCGGAGGAAGGAACGAGAGGCCCUCGGAGACAAAGCACCUCCAAAAGCCAUACCAAAGACUAUUGAAAAUCAGCGAGUGUAUGAUGAAACCACUGUAGAUCCCAAUGAUGAAGAGGUUGCUUUUGAUGAAGCAACUGAUGAAUUUGCACCAUACUUUAAUAGACAGACAGUUCCCAAAAUUCUUAUUACAACAUCAGACCGACCUCGUGGGAGAACAGUGAGAUUCUGUGAGCAGCUGGCUACUGUUAUACCCAACUCACACGUCUACUAUCGAAGAGGACUGGCUUUGAAAAGAAUCAUUCCACAGUGCAUUGCGAGGGACUUCACGGAUUUAAUUGUCAUUAAUGAAGAUCGCAAAAUACCAAAUGGUCUUGUUUUAAGUCAUCUGCCUGAUGGUCCAACUGCUCAUUUUAGAAUGAGUAGUGUGCGUUUGCGUAAGGAAAUAAAGCGAAAAGGGAAGGAGCCCACAGAACAUGUCCCUGAAGUGAUCCUGAAUAAUUUCACAACGCGGCUUGGCCAUUCCAUCGGCCGCAUGUUUGCUGCUCUCUUCCCACACGAUCCUCAGUUCAUUGGAAGACAAGUAGCUACAUUUCAUAACCAGAGGGACUACAUCUUUUUCAGAUUCCACAGAUAUAUCUUCAAGAGUGAAAAGAAAGUGGGGAUUCAAGAACUUGGACCACGUUUUACAUUAAAACUGAGGUCACUUCAAAAAGGAACCUUUGAUUCCAAAUUUGGAGAAUAUGAGUGGAUUCAUAAGCGUCGAGAAAUGGACACAAAUAGAAGAAAAUUCCACUUAUAAGUGAAAUCUGCCAAUUGCUGGUGACCAGGAAUACAGCAGCUGCUUUGAACUAUGGAUUUUCUUGGACUCCUAACUAAUGAAAAUGAUACUGAAUGUUCUGUCGGCAGAAAGACAAAACAGCAAACCUUAAAACUUUCUACAGCAGCAAUCAAGUAGGAUGUGCCUUUCUUCCUGUUUGUAGCCAACAUGACAAGGACAGUGACCUUUUCCAGUUUAGCAGGAAAAAUUAUGGCUAUGUUUGAGCAGCUUGUCAUUUAGCAAUCACAAAGGAUUUGCCAGAACUGCUGCUGUGCUGCAGAAACAGAUUAUGCCUCACAACAAAGACAGCAAAUAUGUUGGUUAAAGAAAUUUUCAAAAUAAAGUAUUUCUAGUUUUACA